GAGCAGUUGCCGCAAGGUCGGUUUUGGACCCACCUGCAAUUACAAAAUUCGUUCUUUCACAUAUAUUAAAAUUAUCAAAGGGUUUAUUUUCUGUUUUUUUGUGCUUUGGACCAUAUUUUCUUUCCAAAAUACUCUCUCUAUCUUCCCCUUUUUUGCUCACUUUCUCAAUUAGAAGCAUAAAAUUAUACUCUUUAAUCAUGUUUCUUUACACUUGUUUCAUUCCAUUGCUGUAAUGAUGCACUCAACAGGCUGAUUUUGUGGCCCUCUUUCUCUCUCCAGUUUUCUGGUAGCAGUUUUUCUUAUCUUUUUGUGUCAACUUUUUAUAAUUUUUUUCUGGGUUUUUGAUAAAGACAUUGAUGUUAGUGACGCUUCUACUUCAAGCAAGGUUGAUUCUUCAAAACACCCACUAAAAAAGGGGAAUUUUUAGUUUUAUUGCAGCUUAUUAUUUAAGCUAAGCUCAAAAAACAAAAACCCAUGAAUUUUAACACACAAAUCUUCAAAAUCAAGCUUAACUAAUCCAAACCCGGUUUCUCUUUUGAACCCAAAUCUUCAAAGUUCAUCGAUUUUUGAUGAUUUAAGAGCUAAAAAAGAAGGGGGGAUUUUUCAAUUUUAUUGCUGCUUAUAGUUAAUUGCAGCUAAACUCAAAUAUCCCAUGAAUUUUUAAACACUCAAAUCAUCAAAUUCAAUUUAAACUGAUCCAAACCCAGUUUCUCUUUUGAAUCCAAAAUCACCAUUUUUGAUGAUAUAAGAGCUUUUGAACCUAUAUUUAAUGCAAAAAUGGCGGAUGUUGGAAGGUCUGGAUCAUGGAAAGAGGAACUAGCUAGUUUAGUAGAUGAUGGGCUAAGAUAUAAUAAUGGAGAUCCAUUUAUAGCAGCACCACCUUCAUCAUCUUCUUCAAUGGAGGAUUCUAAGUAUAAUUUUGAAGCUCAUUUUGAAGGAGAGAGAAGAGAACAACAUGAGGAAGAUUUGAAGGAUCAAAUUAAGGGGUUUGCUAAAGCAUGGGGUGAAUUGUUGUUAGACCUUUCAAGAGGGUGUAAAGAUAUUGUACAACAAAGUUUAGUGGAUGAGGAUUCUUAUUUUGUUCAAAACUUUGGACCUCCUUUGGCUAAGAUUUCUACUAAAUUAAGGUUUUUGAAUGAUUAUUUGCCUGAAGAUCGUGACCCUCUUCAUGCUUGGCCUGUUGUUUUUUUCGUUUUCAUCCUUGCUCUUGCAGUACUGAAUGUAAAUAAUGCACACGAUAUUCCGACUCCAAUUGUGAAGAAAAUGCUUAUACAUCCUCCUAGUGCUAGCACUAUACUACUCCCAGAUGGUCGGCAUAUAGCAUAUCUUGAACAAGGCGUACCAGGCAACAGAGCUAGAUUUACCCUGAUUUCUCCUCAUGCAUUUCUCUCUUCCAGACUUUCAGGUAUACCUGGAAUCAAGGCCUCUCUACUGGAAGAAUAUGGUGUUCGGUUGAUAACAUAUGAUCUUCCUGGAUUUGGUGAGAGUGACCCUCAUCCUUCAAGAGACCUCAACUCAUCAGCCAUGGAUGUGCAGCACCUGGCAAAUGCUUUAGGUGUGAAUGAUAAGUUCUGGGUGUUUGGAUACUCUAGUGCAGCAAUGCAUGCAUGGGCCGCAGUCAAGUAUAGCUCAAACAGAGUUGCUGGUGCAGCAUUUGUUGCUCCUAUGAUCAAUCCGUAUGAGUCGAGCAUGACAAAAGAAGAGACAAGUAAGACAUGGGAAAGGUGGGAGCAUAAGAGGAAGCUUAUGUUCUCCACAGCAAGGAGAUUUCCUCGUUUUCUUUCGUAUUUUUAUAGCAGAAGCUUCUUUUCUGGAAAGCACGGAAAACUUGAGAAGUGUUUCUCCCUGAAAGUCGGUAAUAAAGAUAAGGCUCUGAUUGAAAGUGCAAAUUUUGAAGAAUUUUGGCAAAGAGAUGUGGAAGAGUCUGUAAGGCAACGGCGCAUGAAAUCAUUCAUUGAGGAAGCCGUGUUACAAGUGUCUGACUGGGGUUUUAGCCUAGCCGAUUUACAGAUGAGGAGGAGGUGUCCAGGUAAAGGGAUCCUUCCAUGGCUGAAGUCCUUAUACAGGCAAGCAGAAUGUGAAUUAACUGGAUUUUCGGGGCCAAUCCACAUAUGGCAGGGUUUAGAUGAUCACGUUGUACCACCAUCAAUGGCUCAAUACGUACAUCGCAUACUACCGGAUGCUACCUUGCAUUUGCUUCCAAGUGAAGGUCACUUAUCUUUCUUAUACUUCUGUGAUGAGUGUCACAGAACGAUACUGUCCAAACUUUUUGGAGAUCCACUGGGUCCAUUCGAUAACACUACAGAUAAUACAGAAGAUACAGAUCAGGUAUCGGUUAACAAACCUCAAGAAGCGUCUGCUGCUGAUGCCACCCAAGAAUGAGGCUACAUACCAAUUUUUUUUCUACUCUUUACCUUUUUGUUUUUAACACUCAGGAACUUUAUUUUGUCAGAUUAACGGUGCCGUGUAUAUAUGUCAGCUUUGCUCCAUGGCCUGUGGAGUAAAGGAAAGCGAGGUUUAAUUAGUAUCCUCACUGAGAAUUUAUUGCAAUCUUAUUCAGAGAUGAAUUAUUUUGCUUCAGGCUGGAAAUAAGUUGAGUUAUGAUCACGUUCGAUAAGCAGGUUAUUGUUCCUUA